ACAGGUCUUUGAGUCGAGAUAUCGUUUGUACACAGUUUUAUACCAGUGGAACGGUUCUGUCGCAGUUUCUUCUGAAGACGCUUGCUACCGUAUGUUCGUAGUGUUGGAAAUGCCUUUUCUUGCCCGAAUGCGUUAGUUCAUUGGUUUGCCAAUGUGUUCGCAAUGGGUGACAGUGUGUUUUCCGUGUUUACAUUGUAAAGGUGUAGGUUCGUGUUCCUCGUCGUAAAGUUAGCCGCAUGUGACUAAUAAAAUUGCAGAAAGUGAUAAUUGAACUAAUAAAUUAUUUCGCAUAGUCCUACGCCAUUCAUCUAACCAAUCUGAAAUUAUGAACGCCAGGUCUCAGACACUAGAACUGACUGUAGAACCCAGGCAGGUAAAGGAAGCUGUAGCUAGUUUAUUUCAUACAGUUCUGUUUCACCGAACAGUGGGAAAGUUUGAAUUCAUUCCUGAAACGCCACGCUAUACAGUUGGAACUAUUGGAUUCUGCGAUGUGGAUUGUGAUUUUAUAGAUCUUACCUAUGUUUGUUGUGAUUCCGAGGAUUUAGAUCGCAAUUUGAAGAAAGAAAUUUCGGCGUUUUCGGACUCCCUACAUAGGAGUGCACAGCAGACCACUGGGCAAAUAUCAUUGGAAUUUUUCCAGCGGAAGAAAAACAGGUGGCCAUUUCCUAUAGAAAGUACAUGGGAAGUGUGGACGGUACGUGUGGAAAUUAUUAGGUUAAACAGUGAAUACGAAAGAGAACUAUCAAGAGAGAAAGUUGGUGAUAUGUUGACCGAAAAAAUACUCUAUAUUGUCGAAGUAAUGAAUAGAAACUCAUAUAUUCCAGAAUUUCCCGUUGAGGCAGAAGUGGAUCUUGUUUUUGAUACAACGUAUGAGGGGAUCCAGCCAUACUUAUUUAAGUUAUCACAUACAUUAGCAGGUCCCCCGAACAAUACUGUUGGUUUAACAAUGAAGAAACUGUGGAAAGAAACUCUUACCUAUUGAAUUUUUAUGUGUUAGGUAUUUUUAUUCAGCUCGAUACUGAAAUAUCACUUUUGUAUAAACUCUUUUUAUUUAUUACACAUUUAGUAUGUUUGUAUAAAACUCGUGGACUUUUUGCUGUUAUGUCAAAAAUUAUACUUGUCAAAAUUCCAGUGUUUAAAACUCUUGUUAUAUCAGCAAAAUACCCACAGAUAAAGAAGUUAUUUGGUUAUGAUCCUAAUUUCAAGUGGGUGGUAACAGGCAUGGUACUUGUGCAGUUCAUGAUGUUAUUUGUCAUGAAAGAUCAGUCAUGGCCAAUGAUAUUUUUGGUUGCAUAUGUUUUUGGUGGUGUUAUAAACCAUUCAUUAAUGCUUGCUAUUCAUGAAAUUUCACAUAAUUUGGCUUUUGGGCAUGCACGACCUUUAGCUAAUAAAGCAUUUGGGAUGUUCACAAACUUGCCUAUUGGUAUACCAUUUUCAAUCAGUUUUAAGAAGUAUCACCUGGAGCAUCAUAGGUACCAGGGUGAUGAAAUGAAGGACACUGACAUACCAACCUACUUGGAGGCGAAGCUGUUCUGCAAUACUUUCGGAAAAUUUUGCUGGUUGUGUUUGCAACCAUUUUUCUAUGCUUUGAGGCCAGUUAUUAUUUACCCAAAGUCGCCAACGACUUUGGAAAUAGUUAAUGUCAUUAUCCAGCUAAUCUUUGAUGUCUUCGUUUAUUACUAUUUUGGGGGCAAAGUACUAGUGUACUUAAUUGCUGGAUCAUUAUUGGCGAUGGGGUUGCAUCCAGUCGCUGGGCAUUUCAUUUCUGAACAUUACAUGUUUCGAAAAGGUUACGAGACAUACUCGUAUUAUGGGUGUCUUAAUUGGAUAACAUUCAAUGUUGGCUAUCACAAUGAGCAUCAUGAUUUUCCUGCAGUUCCUGGAUCACGUCUUCCAGAGGUGAAACGGAUAGCAGCGGAAUAUUAUGAUAACCUACCACAGCACAAUUCUUGGGUUAGUGUUUUGUACGACUUCGUCAUGGACCCUGAUAUUGGACCUUAUGCCCGCAUAAAAAGGAAAAACAGAGGAUUGAAAUCAUGAGUUGUAUUACAUUGAUGCUUUAUUAAAGAAUACAUAUAUUAUCAGUGUUUUCAGCUGAAAAGUCAUAGACUUGGAAAUUUUUUUGAUGAGAUUAAUUUGUUAUUUCAUAUUGUGAAAUGUGGUGAAUGACCUGUGUGAACUGGAAAACUGUAUUGACCUGGACUAAAUGUUGAUUAUUACAGAUACUGUGAUGCACAUUACAAUUAUUGAUGGGAUCUGUUGUGGUUUUCAACUAGGUCUUGCCAAAAUUGUCUAUAGUGUACAGUGCAUGUUAGGCUUAAUGUUCGUAUGUGAAAAUUUAGAACAAAAUCAGUUUUAAAUAAUAAAAUAUUGUAUGGUAACUAACAUUUUUUGCUGCUUUGGGAACUUAUGUCAGCAAAAGUUAUUUGUAACUUGCAGGGAUGAUAUCUUCAAAGUUGUUUUAACAAUACCUUAUCAAGAUGUGUAAAUACUGUAUUUUAAUGAUUAUACAUCAUUUUUGGGUUUUUAAUUUUUCCUUUAACUUUUUUAAACUGAUCAUUUGUAAUAUGCCAGUAAUGUUUUCCACUGUUACCAAGUCAUGCCUUAAAAAGCACAAAUCUCUAUUUUUAUUGUGUGUGUGUGUGUGUGUGUGUGUGUGUGUGUGUGUGUGUGUGUGUGUGUGUGUGUGUGUGUGUAAAGCAGACAGAAAUCUGUGAACUGACAUGUUUCUAAUGUAAGAGAUAAAUCCAUUAGUUGCUCACUGUCAAAAUGUAUUUAUUGCUGGUUUACAAUGUUAAUUUUUAAGGUUUGAAUGUAAGUUAAUUAGCCCUUACAUGUAAAACAUAAAAGGCUGAAAAGGCUGGUAUCUUUUCUAGUCACAUGUUGAUCAGUGAGGGCAGGAAAUGAAUCUGAAGCAUCAGCUGCAUUUAGUAUUGUCUUUGUCAUAAAUAUUUGUUUGCAUAAAAGUAUAUGAAAUUGCGUCUAUAUAAAAUUAGUUAUGCUGUGGCUUAUUCAAAAUUACAUGUUUAGCGCAGUAACAUUUGUACUCUUAUUGUAACUUUCUUACAGGUAUUUAUAUUCUGGAAUGCAUUUUAAUUGGUAUUUUGACCUGUUUAGAGCUUUAAUUUUUGCUACUUAUAGCCAUGACUGCUGUAUGUGAGCUAUUUUUGACAUUAAAAACGUACAAAUAAAUCUAUUUUUUAAAAUUA